CAAGUCCGCGACCGUCAUUCUCCAAAUUGCCGGUUGUCACAACGCCACAAUAGCGGACUGCGGACUCGCCGCCAUUCUCCAUCAUGACGACUGUGGAGGCGGUGUGGGUGCGCAACGCGUCGGUCAAUAUGGCCUGGAUGUACACGUACUGCUUCACGCUCUUCUUCUCGUGCAGCAUGAGCAUGUUGGCCGCCUACCACAUGCGCAAACUGGGCGGCGACAUGUUUCGUUCCACCGUUCGAUUUGUCAUCGCCAUGUUCCUCUUCUGCAGCACGUUACACGCCUUAGCGGGCGGAGUCUUCUACGCUUACUUGAUCAACGCAAUCGGCAAGGUAAUGGACCAAGUGGAGGACGCCUCCGGCUCCGGCUCCGAUAUGACACAAACCGAGGUGGCGGUGGGCCAAUUACUCCACAACGACAGCAAGGGCGACGGCGGAGAGGCCGCUUAUAUUACGAAAUUGACCCAAGACGACGUACCAUUGAGUACAGCGCUGACGGCGCUGCUGCUAGCGGAAAAUCUGUUCUUUAUCCUAAGUGCGUAUUGGAUUUUUCUACUUUCAAGGGAAUUGUUUAAACUCGCGAUGCGGACACUGGACCGAGGCGAAGAGAACGAGAAAGCGACGAUUCUCAAGUAUGUAUGGCGUGGAUGGGUGAUUGUGGGGCUGUUUCUUGGCGCGGGACUCGCGAUUGUCAUUAUUCACGAUGGGUACAACCGAACGUACAAGUAUUUGAGCUUUGUGGAGCUAGGAGGUCUCAUUUUCGCGGUAUUUUACGCAACAGGAGCUCUUGUGGUGCUCAGAUUCUCAGGACGGAAGCAUGAACAUAUUCACGGAGUGGUCAUGGCGUCUCCACUGUAUCGACGGCUGAAGUUGUUGAUGAUUGUGUGUGCCAUUUUCACACUGCCAUAUUGUUUCUUGCAACUGGCGUUGCUGUGUAUGCCACAGGAUGAGGUAGACGCCAUUCCAGAUUAUCUGGUGGGUAUUAUCACCAUGUUGUAUUAUCUAUUCGGUGCAGCACAGGCGCUCGUUAUGGGCGGAAGUCAGCAAUGUUGCAUCAGAAUGUUGUCUCCAAUUAUUCCGACACAUGUGAAAAAUUCGCCCGAGUGGGCAAAUUUGCGUGCCAAUCGAAGACACGAUUCGUAUGCAACGUACGAGGCCACUGCCCCGCCUGACAAGCCAGUAUUCGUAAAUACAGACAUCGAAGGCUCGAGUGCGCUGUGGGCUCAAGCCCCAGAGUCCGUCAUCGAUACAGCACAAGACCUCCACGAUGACCUGUUGCGGUCUCUAUUACCCAAGUACAACGGGUACGAAAUCACGACAGCCGGCGACGCAUUUCAGUUGGCGUUCCACACAAUUUCCGACGCCGUGAACUAUUGCCUCGAGGUUCAGUUGCAGUUGCUACAUGUGAAGUGGCCGUCUGAACUCGAGGGACUUGUGCCAUCCGUGAAAACCGAAGUGGCAAUUGGUCUCAAGCCUCAGCUCCUUUUCCGGGGAAUUCGAGUGCGAAUGGGUAUUCAUGACACAAAUGUAGGGGAAGAAGGCAACUUGAUCAUGCAGACUCAUCGCGUGACAGGCAAAGCUCUCUACAUCGGAGCGUCGGAAUACAUCGGUCGUGAGGUCGGUGACGUUGGAUUUGGCGGACAGAUUAUCAUUUCCAGACGCGUGGCGGCGUGGCUCCAGACCAACAACAACUCGUCCAGAAUCAAGACGUCGUUCAGAUUGGACUAUUACGGCAUGCAUCCAGUUAACCAGCUCGAAAUCGACAUCGAGUUGUACGAGAUCACGCCGAAAAUCCUGAAAAUGCGGCGCAAAAUCUUCCGCAAACGGUUGGAAAUCAAAGAAGGAAAAAUUAGAGACGAAAGUGUUCGAGGUACAGACACAGAAGAGCCGACACCUGAAGACGAAACCUUUAACAUGGAAUAUUCGUGCCAACGCACACCAACAGCUCGAUUUCGAGAGAAAAUGCCGACUGUGAUUUGGCAAACAAUAGGCGACAGAUAGAAAAGCAAAAUAUUUAUUCAAACGAUUUUAUCCAGCAAAUCGGUUC